GAACGUAAUCAGGAGGCUACAAUAUUUGUGGGAAAUUUGGAUCAACAAGUUGAUGAGGAAUUAUUAUGGGAAUUGUUUGUGCAGAUGGGACCUGUUGUAGAUGCUAAAAUUCCACGUGAUCGUAUUACUAAUACACACUCUGGUUAUGCCUUUGUAGAAUUUAAACAUGAACAUGAUGCUAAUUAUGCCAUUCAAGUUAUGAAUCAAAUUAAAUUAUUCGGAAGACCAAUGAAAUUAAAUCGUUACGAUCAAGAUAAAUCAGCAAAGAAUUUGGAUGUUGGUGCCAAUUUGUGGGUCGGAAAUUUGGAUCCUGUUGGAGUCAGUGAUGAAGGUAUUUUGAGAGAAUUAUUUGGACAAUUUGGUGUCAUGAUACAAAAUACACCAAGAAUUCAAAGAGAUCCAGAAACAAUGGAAAGCAAAGGGUUUGCUUUUGUAUCAUAUGACAAUUUCGAGUCUGCAGAUGCUGCCAAGAUGCAUUUGAAUGGACAAUACAUUUCUGGUAAGCCAAUUAUUGUAGAGUAUGCCUUUAAACCAAAUUCAAGAGAAAGAUAUGGUAGUGAAGCUGAAAGAGAAUUAGCUGCCAAGAGACCAAUUACUGCUCAACAACAACAA